UUUCACCCAAAUUUCUGAAUUCUGAUCUGAUCACUGCACCUUCGUCGUCGUCGUCGAAAACCCUAGAUGGACCUUCUGAAGCAAGAGCUUCUCAAGAAACGCCAAUCCCUGGCCGAAGAAACCGGCGGCAAGAGAGUCUUCAAACGCUCUGAGAUCCAACAAAAACAAAUCCAAAAGCUCCGCGAACAAGAGAAGCGCGAAUUGGAAGCCAAAUCUCACAAACGUCACGCAACUUCCUCCGACGCUUCCACCACCGUCCCAACCUCAUCCACCACUGCUUCCACCUCCAUAGCCUCCAGCGCCGCCGCCUCCAACGUCUCCCUCCCCGACGAACAGAACAUCGACAACCUCGUCCUCCCCAGACAGGAAGUCAUUCGCCGCCUCCGCUUCCUCAAGCAACCCGUCACGCUCUUUGGCGAAGACGACGAUGCCAGGCUGGAUCGCAUGAAAUACGUGCUCAAAGCCGGAUUGUUCGAAGUGGAUAGCGACAUGACGGAGGGACAGACCAACGAUUUCUUGCGCGACAUCGCCGAGUUGAGGAAGCGGCAGAAGACAGGGAUUUCGAGCGAGAGGAAACGGAAGAAGGCCGACGACGGCUCCACCGAGGACCGGGAAGGCGGCGCGGGCGACGAUGACUUGAGUGACGGCGAUGGUUCCAGUGGCGUCGAUGCCGACAACGAUUUGAAGCGGAUGAAGGCGAAUUUCGAAGAGUUGUGUGAGGAAGAUAAGAUUCUGGUGUUUUUCAAGAAGCUGUUGAACGAGUGGAAGCAGGAAUUGCAGGAGAUGCCUGAGUCGGAGAAACGAACAGCUAAAGGGAAGUCUAUGGUUGCCACGUUUAAGCAGUGCGCGCGUUACCUGAACCCUCUGUUUAAGUUUUGUAGGAAGAAGGUUCUUCCUGAUGACAUCCGACGGGCACUGUUGGUGGUGGUUGAAUGCUGUAUGAAACGUGAUUAUCUUGCUGCAAUGGACCAAUAUAUUAAGAUGGCCAUAGGGAACGCACCCUGGCCAAUUGGUGUUACUAUGGUUGGUAUUCACGAAAGAUCUGCCCGUGAAAAGAUCUACACCAAUAGUGUGGCUCAUAUCAUGAAUGAUGAGACAACUCGCAAGUACUUACAAUCAAUUAAGAGAUUAAUGACAUUUUGCCAACGGCGUUACCCUACAUUGCCAUCUAAGGCAGUUGAGUUUAACAGUUUGGCAAAUGGUAGUGAUUUGCAGUCACUUCUAGCAGAAGAGAGGUUUAGUGGGGUUAAUCAUGCAUCUGAGGAGAGGCUUAGGAUAAUGCCUGCUCCAAGGGAGAGCUAGUCAUUGAGUAUUUUUUCCUGAAAUGACAGCAUCAUAUGAUGUAUGUGAUUUAUGUUUAAUUGCUAGAUUCAGUCUGUCCUGUUCCAGUUUCUGUUUUUGCUUCUUAGUAGGUGAUUGUAUAAAAGGAAUGUGUCUGAGAAUAUGCGGAAAACACAAAAUUCUGAUUUGUCUGCGUGCCUUGCUUUCAUCUUUACAGUAAUUUUAAGUCCAAC